UACCGAGCCGGGGACCUCCGCCCGCCACCGCCCCCCGCCGGGACGCGACCUCCGGGGCACCUGCCUGGUGUCUACCGGAGCUGCUGCAAUGGAGCUGGGGAACAUCCCACAGCCUACUUACGGCCCUGGCCUUGAGGGGCCAGGGAGCAACACACCGGGGCUGCUGGCAAUGGCACACGGCUUCCUGAGGCUGGUGCAGCCCAAUCCCCUGCCCGUAGAAAUUAUUGAUUUUGGGCAGUCCCAGAUCGAAUUCAACCAGGAGGAUAUCAAGGAGCUGCUGCAGUAUGAGCUGGGUUUUCUGGUCUGUGUGGCCAUUGGAGUCCUCUUCAUCAUAUUCGUGCCGCUGGUGGGAUGCUGCUUCUGCUGCUGCCGCUGCUGCGGGAACUGCGGGGGCCGCAUGUACCAGAAGCAGGAGCCAGGGAUGGGCUGCCGGCGCUGGGCGCUCUGGGUCUCCGUCCUGCUGGUCACGGCUUUCCUCCUGGCUGGUGGUGUCUGUGCCUUCAUCAGCAACGCCCGCUUCUCCCAGGCCGUGAACAGCACCUUCCCUAAUGUGAACAACACGCUGGACAACAUCACCACCUACCUGGCCUCCAUUCCCCAGCAAGUUGAUUUUAUCAUUGACAGCAGCGACGUGCCACUGGGCCAUGUCAACAGCAGCCUCCAGGACAUUGGGCCCAACCUGGGCAGCAUGAUCACCUCACGCAUCAGGAACAGCACGGACGGGGCUCUGGGAUCUCUCCAGAGCCUCUUGCAAGGGAUGGAGAAGCUGGAGGCCACCUUCUACAACAUCACCACCAGUCGCUCAGACCUUGAGGAGCUGCAGAGCAAGUUCGGGCAGCGGCUGGACAGCCUGCGGGACAGCCUCAACCAGACCCUGCAGCGCUGUGGCUCCCCCUGCAACAGCGUGUCUCUCAAUGGCCUCGCCUUCACCGCCAACUUCAGCACGAUCCCCAGUGUGCAGCAGCAGCUGGAGGCACUGCGUGAUGUCUCUCGCUCCAGCAUAGCGACUGAUUUAGAGAAGGUUAACAGAACACUGAACAUGAUCUCUGAGAAGGUGCAAGAGCAGGCCCAGGAUGUGGUGGCAAAAACACAGGACCAGCUGGGCUUCAUCAGGCAGGAGAUCAGAAGCUUGCAGGAACAGCUGCCAUUCCCGGAUGUGGAGGAGAAAGUUGGGGCCUUUGUGGGCAACACCACGUUGGUGCUGGAGGAGUACAGGGGGCCGAUCAUCACCUGGGAUGGGCUCAGGUUGAUUGUGUGUGCCCUCCUGUGCUGCACAGUGCUGCUGGUGGUCCUCUGCAACGUUUUUGGGCUGCUACUGGGGCCCCUGGGGCUGAAGGAAGGUGUGCUGCCCACAAAACGCAGUGGCCUCUCCAACGCUGGCGGGAACUUCUUCAUGGCAGGGGUUGGCUUCAGCUUCAUCUUCUCCUGGCUGCUGAUGCUGCUGGUGAUGAUCAUCUUCGUGGUGGGGGGGAAUGUCUACAUGUUAUUCUGCGAGUCCUGGCGCAACCAGCAGCUCUUCCAGCUCCUGGACACUCCCGGCCUGAUCCCUGGCUUCAACCUCUCAGAGCUGCUGGGCCAGGAGGGUGACACGACAAACUUCUCAGAGAUAUACAGGCAAUGCCGGCAAGAUGCUUCUCUGUGGAAAACUCUGCACUUGGACCAGCGUGUGUCCCUGGAUGAGCUCUUGAAUAUCAGCCAGUACACAGGAGAGAUCUCCAUGGCUUUCAAGGAGAUGAACAUCACCCUGAGCCCCGUCUCCCUGCUCAACCAGACACAGGAAGACAUGCUGCUGCAUGCCAGUCAGGCUGGGCAGCCCCCCGACUUCACCCUCACCCUGGAGCAGCUGGAUCAGAACAUAACCCAGGGAAGCCUCCUGGAUCUGGCCACAGAGUUGGAGCAGCUGGCAGAAAAAACGGACAUAGAUGUGAAAACGGACCUGGAAGAUGAGGCUCGUAAACUGAGGGAGGUGGACAAGGAGAUGCAGGUGGACUUCUCUGGACCACUGCAAAGCCUGAAGAAGAACAUCUACUCAGUGCAGAGCGGGGCUGCCCAGCUCGAGGGACAGACAAGAACUGCGCUGGACAAAGCCAACAAAACCCAGAAGUUCCUGGAGAGGGAGACUCCUAACAUCAUCAAGAAUGAGACGCGGGCCUUCCUGGAGCAGCUGUUGCAUUUCUUUGAGACCUACAUCUCAUGGGCCAAGAGCAGGCUGACAGAAGAUGUGGCACGCUGCAAACCUGUAGCUCAGACCCUGGAUAAUGUGGAGGUCAUUGGCUGCGACUACAUCAUGGACUCUGUGAAUGCCUUCUGGUUCAGCCUGGGCUGGUGCACAUUGUUCCUGCUGCCCAGCAUCAUCCUGUCUGUCAGACUUGCCAAGUUUUACCGCCGCAUGGACAUUGCUGAUGUGUACAGGAAUGAAGAAUUUGAGAUGCCACCUGCGUUCAACUACUACAUAAUCCCCAGGCCAUCCACAAGGCAUUAGCCCCCGUCGCCCACAGAUGGAGGAAGAAAUGGAAAGGCCCCCCUGACUUGAAAAAUGUGACUAUUUAUUUUUACAGGGAGCCCGCUUCUUUUCAAGGCUGUGAUUUUUGGUGUCAAACAAUAAAUGGGAUGUUUGUGUGCACUGUA